AACGAAUCCAGUCGUAUUGCGUACGCGUACAGUAUGACGUCGCGUAAAUAAUAAUAAAUAGAAUAUAAACAAUUAAUAGUUUUUGUUAACCAAGAAACAAUUAAAUCUCAUUAGAGCGGCUUUUUAAUAUUAUCUCUUUUAAGAUAACAAAAAAAACGUGAAAAUAUACGCGAUUAUAAAAACAAAAACAUACAUAUUUCUAAUUUGUAAAAAAUACUUUUUUACGUUGUUUCUGUUCCAAUAUCAAACUUUGUCUACACACGGUACAGAUAACUAACGGAAGUUUGAUAAAAUAAAGAAAGGACGGGAUUCUAUUUUUAAAGCCACGCACUUAGGUGGCGACUGCACGGCUGAAGAAUGUGACAGGCGUCAACGGCAAGAUGUCUAGUGGCGAACGAGAGGGGUGGAGAUAAAGCAGACAAAUAACAAAAGCGCGCUUCAAGCUCUCACGCCGUAAAUUCCUCAAAAAUACCUCGUUAUAGCCGUGUUCUCGCUAUAACGAGAUUCUACUGUACAUCUAAAGGGUCUGACGACAUGCACAUUCAUUCUCCAACUGCCAUUUGGAACGGAACUUGGAAGGGCUCGGGCUCGGGAGGUGAGCCGGCCGCCGGGAAGCAUGGGGCUGAAGCUACGCUGGUUCCGGGCGCGCCUGAACCUGGGCUCGUCGCCCGCGCCCAGGGACUUCUCCGCGCCCGCCCACGGGCUCUACCGGCCCACCUACUCCGUGUACGAGGCCGACGCCGCCCGGCCGCUGCCGUCCCGGCAGGUGUCCCGGUCCGUGCCGCACCUGGCCGACCCCCGAGCGCCGCGGGAGGUCGCGGUGGCCGUCAACCCGGCCUUCGCGCGCCACAACGCCUCCUCGCUCAACGACCUGCGGGCGAGAGACGUCACGCCCCCGGAGGCAGCCGGCCGCACCAAGAACAGACUGCAGCUGAAGCUCAACAUCCCCGAGCCCGGCGAGAAGCACACACCUGCAGGAGCGACCACAGCCGCCGUGCCUUCCGAGACGGCCAAGAGCAGGACCAAAAACAAGAUGGCUCCCGCGGCACCUCCGGGCAAGAGACCCGUCAGUGACAAGAACAACAACAGCAGCAGCAACAAGAAAGGCGAGAAGGAGGUGGUAGAUCUGAAGUUCGGCGGUGAAUCCGAGUCGUGAUACGACUGCAGAACAAAUGACGGUGAAAAAAUUACCAUAAACUUAGGAGAAGAUCUUGAGUGCCAGGAAACAUCAACGUUUUGUUGACUUUAAGCUGUAAAACUCCACUUUUUAAUGAAAUAAAUGCAAAGGUAAAAAUAUUUAUUUAUAUACAGUAUAAAUAUAUGUGUAUUACAUACACUAUAUAUGAGUGAUUAUAGUCUUCUGUGCAUCAUAAUGUGUGUUGAUAAAAUAAUGUUUUCUUAACUUUCGAACACAGUAUAAGAAAUUCAGGUAUAUUCCAGGUUAGUAAAACUUUUUUUUUAUUAUUUACAGUAUGUGUGUACCUCUUUUUGUUGAUUUAAUGAGAAUAUCAAAUUAAAUAAUGAGUUCUAGAACAGUUCAAAUGCCGUAGUUUCACUAUGGUUACAAUUUACAUUAAUUGCAAUGUCAGUUUCUUGCCUUCAUUUCAGUGUACAUGCCUGAUAAUGAUCGGUAAAUUGAACGUGUCAUGUGUUUUUGAACACCGUAAAUGUUGGUCACAAAGAAUCACAACUGUGCAACCCUGUCCAUUUACCACCUCUAUAUUCACUAUGUUGUAUAAAUCUGAGGUUACAAUGAAACUGAGAAAAAACUGAUCCUUCACUUUUUAUGAAUAAAAAAACAUUUGUACUCAACGUACAUAUAUCAUUGCAUGUACGACAAACUAAAAAAAAUCACGUCUGUUGCAUGCAAUCAACUGAGUGAAUGUGAGCUCCUUUCCCAAACAAAUUAAAAACUAUACACAAUAUCUUCAAUUCAUACAUUUAGUUGAAUUCGAAUCAACACAGCCAGUUUUAAAGUGUGAGUUGUUCCAAUUUGUUUCAUGCUGAUGAACUGUUUGGAAAAAUGAUGUCAGAGUUUUCAUUACAAUAAUAAAAAUUGUCACUGUCUACUCAAAAAUUUAACUG